AUGGCUUACUUUUAUCAACCACAACCUUCUCCCUCGGCUCCGAUGCCGCCACUCCCCGCCGCCAUAUUCGGCCCUCAAUACUGUGCUCCGUAUCCCCUAGAUCUCGCCGUCGUGAAAAAGGUUAUGACAAUUUCAGACGGAAACUUCGCCGUUACUGAUGUCAACGGCAACAUCGUCUUCAAAGUCAAAGGCUCUCUCUUAACCCUCCGUGACCGCCGUGUCUUGCUUGAUGCCGCCGGCAACCCCAUCACCACCCUACGUCGCAAGAUAGUGACCAUGCACGAUAGGUGGGAAGCUUAUAGGGGUGAAAGCACAGAUUCUAAAGAUCUUAUAUUUACAUUGAAGCGAUCAUCUCUGAUUCAGUUUAAGACCAAACUAGAUGUGUUUUUAGCUGGUAACACAAAAGAAGAUAUUUGUGAUUUUAAAGUUAAAGGUAGUUGGCUUGAACGUUCUUGCAUUGUUUAUGCUGGUGAAUCUAACAACAUUGUUGCCCAGAUGCACAAAAAGCACACUGUUCAGAGUGUUUUAAUUGGUAAAGAUCAAUUCAUGGUUACAGUUUAUCCUAAUGUUGAUUACGCUUUCAUAGUAGCGUUAAUUGUGAUUCUUGACGAGAUUAACGACGAUGAAAAGGAGGAAUAA